UGUUGUGUAUAAAUUUACAUUUUGACCCUUUUGUGGUGACAAUAUGUUGUCGAAUUUCACAACUACUUAACUACUCAGUGUGGGGUGAUAAACGAGGGAGGUUACUGGAAUAAUUUAGCACCGUAGGGUUGUUUUUUACGUUGGCUAAAGCCUACACCAGCCAGUGUUUUUGUGUAACGUUGACGUUUCCCAGUUUAUGGAGACGAGACAGAGGUCCUCUGUGUCGUAUGCAUACGCUGCUAACGUUCACGUCUCAUCAUUUCAGUUAUGGCCAGCUCCUUCGACAUAAGAAGGUUCACUUUAAGUGAAGCUUGUCUGUUUUGUUCCUCUAAGGAAGAAAACAUUGAACACAGCUUGUCUUUUAUGUUCCUCUGUUCCUCUCUUAAAGAGGACCUCCUUAUGUCGAGGGAGCUGGCCUUACCUUAAAUGAUGUGCCCCACACACUAAAUCCCCGUGUUGUGUCGAGCAGGCUCAUUUCAGUGAAGGCAGUACACACUUUGGUGUCUGGAAUGUUAAUGAAAUCUGAUAUAUUAUGGUGUGGUGUCAGGAUGUUUUUGCCAACACGAAGCCUUAUGUUGUUAGGUUGAAGUGGAGCAAAAGAUUAUAUGUCAAAGCUCAACAGGAAGGAUAUAAGCAUGAAUGUGAUCCAUUGUGAUGACUUUGAGUCGUCUCUGCUGAGCUUUGAGAAGCUGGACCGAGCCUCACCAGACCUCUGGCCAGAGCAGUUGCCCGGAGUUGCAGAAUUCGCCGCAUCUUGUAAAAAUCCCAUCACUGACUCUCCCCCUAAGUGGAUGGCGGAGCUGGAGAAUGACGACAUUGACAUGUUAAAAGAGCUGGGUAGUCUCACCACCGCAAACCUCAUGGAAAAAGUGAAAGGGCUACAGAACCUCGCCUAUCAGCUGGGCCUAGAGGAGUCCAGGGAAAUGACCAGAGGGAAGUUCCUCAACAUCCUUGAGAGGCCGAAGAAGUAACGAUUGGACCAAUGGUUUAAUGUCAUCAACGAUAACUGAGACAGGUUGGAGGAAGGCGGUCCUGAUUCGGUUCCUCUAGGAGACUGAGACAAACAACAACGCCCCCAAACAGUUGGAAUCACCCCCAACCACUGGGGGGCAGCAACAUUUCCUCCAGGGGAGCUCACUUUCGUUGGGAUAUUUUUCCUCUACUUAUCAUCAAUGCAGCGGACUUGAAUAUUUGCAUUACACUUUCCCAAUCCCCGGAUGUACGUUCCCUAUUUAUUCAUAUUUCUAUUUUAAAAAACUUGGUUUAGAAUUUUGAGAUUGCUGAAAUGUUGUAUAAUAAAGUUUGACAAUGAACAGAAUCUUCGUUUGUGUUUACUUUUUG